UGUAUCUUCCUUCAGAUGAUGCAUGAUGUUGAUAGCAUUAAACGAGCCAGACAAUGAAAAACACAUCUGGUUGCACAAAACACUAUUUGCUUAGUACGUACAGAUGUUUAUUUCAUUUCCCUCGGCCGUGCGUCCUUUUAUAAUACACCCGAAAACGAGCAUUUGUCGGAAGUAAACAAAUUAGCUGCUCAGUAAACGGUACUGCUGCGCGCGCAUUUACAUUUUUACGACGGAAGUACAACGGCUGAAACCCGGAGGAAAGCGACAACGGGAGUGAAAACGAAGCGGAAUUAGUCAAUGAGAGGGAGGAGAGAGAGGGAAAGAAGGAGUGUGUGCGACAGGGAGGCUGCUGGACGCUGGGGCCGAGGUGGACGUGGCGGGUCCGGCAGGGGUUUGAUGUGGGUUCCGCUUCGGCGCGUUGACGGCCGAAAAAAAGCAUGAACAGGAGCCAGGGGAAUCACGGUUGUUCCUAACCCCGGUCAGAGGUUGCCGCGGCAGCAGUGACAAUCCCCGCUCAGGAAUCCCACUUUUAUCUCUUUGAAAGUAAGGUAUAUUACUCAUAACGGAAGCUUCGGUCAGGCGGUGGACUAGCUUCCACCAGGAUGGCAGAGUUGGAGACAGAAUGCAUCACUUUAGGACUAAAUAAUUUGGUGUCGGAAUGCGACACUCCGCCACUUGACUCUUUGCGAGCGGAGUGCACCACUCCGACCCUGACCAUGCUCUCGUCGGAAUGUAGCACGCCCACGCUCAGCUCGCUGGCGUCCGAGAUCGUGGAGCCCAUGGCCAUGCUGCCCUGCAUCAAAAGCGAGCCCGACCUCGACCCCAUCCGCACGGUGGACCUCUCCGUGAUUCAGCCCCUGAGCACGGCAGAGCUGGGCUCCGAGCAGAUCAAGAUGGAGAUCAGCGGCCUGGACUACAUCAAAUCGGAGCACCACAGCGACCUCCAUUCCUUCCACAGCACGGAGCUGGACUCCUACAAGUCACACUAUGAACCCAGCCUGGUGUUCGACUACAUCACCCACGUCUCGGACAGCCUGGAGUACAUCAAGUCGGAGCAGCAUUCUGACCUGCACAGCUACUACGCCAGCGAGCUUGGCGCCAUCAAGACCGAGUACGAACCCAUCCUCAUGUCCAGCCACAUCAAGACCGAGAUGAACGGUCUGGAGUCCAUUCACAUGGCGGAGCUGCGCACCGAGCUCAACAAGCUCCGGCCCGAUACCGUCAUCGACGGCAUGGGGAAAAUAGACUCGGAUUUCCCCUCUGGAAACCUUUACGAACUGACGUCCGUCCAGGCCAGCAAAGCGCCUGCCGCGCACAAUCAAACCAGCACAAAAGGCCACGGGCCACGCAAACCUCGCAACCUCACAGGUGAGAAGCCGUUCUCUUGCACUCAGUGCGGGAAGAACUUCAGCACCCUGGGUAACCUGAAGACUCACCAACGCAUCCACACCGGCGAGAGGCCUUACACUUGCUCCCAGUGCGGGAAGAGCUUCGGGCAGGCCGGUAACUUGAAAAGGCACCAGCUCAUCCACACGGGGCAAAAACCUUACACCUGCGCUCACUGCCCGAAGGGUUUCACCAAAGCGGACGACCUCCGCUCGCACCAGCGGCUGCACACGGGCGAGAAGCCGUUCAGUUGCGCGGAGUGCGGGAAGUGCUUCAGUCAAACGAAGGAACUCAAAGCCCACCAGUUGAGCCACACGGGAGAGCGGCCCUUCUGCUGUUCGCUGUGCGGCAAGAGCUUCACUAAAGAGACGAGCUACCGCAAUCACCAGCAAAUCCACACGGGCGAGAAGCCGUACAGCUGCUCCCAGUGUGGCAAAUCUUUCAGCAAUUCAGGGGUCCUCAGAACGCACGAGAAGAUUCACUCCGGGGAAAGACCGUUCGGCUGCACCCAGUGCGGCAAAAGUUUCGGUCGCUUGGGACAUCUUAAAGCACACCAGCAAAUUCACACGGGCGAACGGCCGUACACCUGCCAGCAGUGCGGGAAGAAUUUCAGCCAAUCAGGUCAUCUCAAAGCACACGAGCAGAUUCACAAAAGAGAACGGCCCGAUCUUAGCAGUGGCAGCAGUCUCAGUAACGAUAGUAGCUGAAAUAAAACCUCAUUACAUCUCAAAAAGUAUUACUCUUGCUUUUCGUUUUUUUUUUUUUUCUUUCAUUUUUAAAAAAAAGCUACAAUAUAUAUAAAUAUAUUAUAAAAUAUAUAUGUUUCAUUAUGUUUUCAUACCUUACGUCUCUUCUUUUCUUAUUAUCUUCAUUUGGUUACAGACGUGACUGAUUUUCUCUUAUGAAACUGUCUAUGUUUGGGAUCGGUGAGCUUACAGAGAGUCUUUGUAUCUUGUCUGAUCUGUGUCGUAGUGAGUGCCAUUCUAGUUUCUUUCCUCCAGUAAAAUACUCAGUGUACACGUUUAUUGAUAAUAUGUAAUUCUUAAACCAUGUACUGGAAUGAAUUAUUAAAGAAACUAAUGUUAAAACAA